CCCGACCUUAUUCUUUCGUUCGCAACACCCCUUGUCCUUUGCUCUUGCGCAUCAAAGCCCCGACUCUCCUCCUUCGCUGCUCUCAUCAUUAAUCGCCGCCGCCUGUCUCCUUCUACCAAUCAGCGCCGCCAAUUUCUUUUCUUCUCCUUUCUCUCACGUGGUGGCGAUGGAGGAUGAUGUGAUCCAACAAUUUGCAGAAAUCAGCACGAAUUGCAGAUACGAUGGCUUCGGAGCAAAUCCAAUCGACGAAUCGGACGAAUCUGAGCGGCAAAGAUGGCAAAUCUGGCGGCGGCUAGGGUUCAAAUAUAGUGACGGGCGAGUUACAGGGGCGGCGACUCCGGUUUGAGGCGCGCGACUAGGUUUUGCUUCAGGGCUGAGGAGGGGCCUGGUUCGAUGUGGG